AUGCUUUUAAUUUUUGUAAUUUCCACUAAUUUGCUCGCAGCAAAUAAUCUGAAAUUUAUUUAAUCAUUUUAUUUUUUGAAUUCGAAUAAUUCACAAAAAAAUUUUCUUAAAUUUAUGUCUUAAAUGCCUGUUUUUAACAUUAGAUCGAUAAUUUGUGUUUAAAGUAUUAUAACUAAUAUUAUAAUUAAACAAAAUUAGUUAUAAAAUAAUUCCUUCCUUUGAUUAAAGAAAUUAAUUUUCUUAAUUAUUUUUAAUAGUGAAGUGUAAAAAUCAGAAUAUGUCUUUUGAUUCUUAUCCAACGUCAAGGACUCAACGGCUAAUAGCUGCGUAUGGAAUCAAUCAAAAUAUUACUUUUCAAAGCUCCUCAAAACGUGUUCCUUUUAAUACCCGUCAAAAAAUCUACAUGGAUUUAAGCCCCCGCGAGAGAACAAAAAAAAUUUUUCUCGUUCUUAGAGGGAGGCUGAUUUUUUAAAAAAAAUUCUAUAUUAAUUUUAUAGUAAAAUUUUAAUUUAAAAGCAUCUCAAUUCACAAAAAUUAGUUAUUUAAUUUAUAAAAUUAAUGUUUUAAAAUACAAUUUGUUCAAAAUUAUACAGAAUUAGAUAGAGAUUUCAUUGUACUAAUUAUCACUUAUAUAUCAAAAAUUUUGUUCACUCACUGAGGGUGGGUUUUUAGGGAAAAAAAAGGUUUUUCUAAUCUUGUUAGCUCACGGAGGGAGGGGAGUAAGCAAAAAAAUCAGCUUUCUCCAAAGCGUAACUUCAAGCAAGUAUCAAAUCGAAAGCCUCCCUUAGCUCAGAUUCCAGAACUUCCAAUCAAAGAUUUAACUAACCAAUCUAUGAACUUAUCAUCCUCAUCAAAAAGGGUUUUUGAAAGUUUACUAUCUCACCGUGCGAGCAAACCAAUAAAUAUUUCUUUCAAUACCCCUACUAACUCAUCAGGUACUUUGAAGAAAAAUGGGUUUUCAACUCAGAGAGCCUUUAAGAUUUCAAUGCAAGAUAUAAAUUUUCCAAUAUCUGCACAUGAAUGUCUCAAGCUUUUAAGCCAGUUCUUAACUGAUCAAGAAAGGGCAGAGAUCCUUGAAUAUCAAGAAAUUUAUUAUGUUGGAGAUGAAGUUUCCAAGCUGAAAAAUUUUAACAAGAAAUACGAUGACGAAAAAGGAAACUACAAAAUCUCUAUAGGAGACCACAUUGCCUAUAGAUAUGAAAUUAUAGAAAGACUAGGAAAAGGGUCCUUUGGACAAGUAAUAAAAUGCAUAGAUCACAAGUCUGGAGAAAUUAUAGCACUAAAAAUAAUUAAAAAUAAAAAAAGAUUCAAAGCACAAGGACUAGUGGAAGUUAAAGUUUUGAAUUUAUUGAAUAUUCAUGACAAGGAAGACAAUGCAAACAUUGUGAGGAUGAAGGAUUCGUUUUCAUUUAGGAGUCAUUUGUGUCUCACUUUUGAGCUGCUUUCACUUAAUUUGUAUGAGUUCCUCAAAUUAAAUUCCUUAGAAGGCCUAUCUUCUUCACUUGUGAGAAGAUUUGCAAUCCAGAUUUUGGAGUCACUUAAAUACAUCAAAUCAUUAUCCGUAAUUCACUGUGAUUUAAAACCAGAAAAUAUUCUCCUUAAAAGUCCAACUCAGUCAGCUAUAAAGUUGAUUGACUUUGGCUCCUCAUGUCUGGCGAAUGAACGAAUUUAUACUUAUAUCCAAUCAAGAUUCUACAGAGCGCCUGAAAUUAUGCUUGGAAUUCCAUAUACUCAUGGAAUUGAUAUGUGAAGCUUUGGGUGUAUCAUAGCUGAGCUUUAUACAGGGCAUCCGCUCUUUCCUGGAGAAAGUGAGCACGAACAAAUGGCAAGAAUCAUGGAAGUUUUAGGGCUCCCACCUCAAAAUCUCUUACCUAUCUCUAUUUCACUUUCAUUUUUUAUAUAAUUCCAUUAAAAUAAUUUUCAACUAAAAUAUUAUUAUAAAUAGUUUUUUUUCAGCAAAAACCUUUGAAAUUUUAUAAUAUUUUCUCUUUUUUAAUUUAAGAGGUUAGAACUAUCUUCUCGAAAAGGAAUAUUUUUCGAUGAAGAAGGCGAUCCAUACAUUGUUCCUAACUCAAAAGGAAAAGUGAGGUAUCCUGGAGCAACUCCACUGCAAUCAAGAAUUGGGCUUCAUGACAACGGAUUUUUAGAGUUUUUAGAAAGAAGUCUGCAAUGAGAUCCUGAGGUAAGAAUGACUCCUGAAGAAGCUUUAAAUCAUCCAUGAAUUCUCCAAUCAAACAAAAAUGGCUUGGCAAAUAAAAGUCGGCCAGUUUCUAAUAGGAGAAAAGGAAGGUCAUUUUUGAGUGAAGACUUUACAAGUUCUACUUUUAGAAUGAAUGUGUCAAAUUGUUAA